AUGUCGAUGAUAUCAUCUUUGCAGCCACAUCUGACCCUCUUUGCUAAACUCAUGGGGAGUGAAUUUGAGAUGAGUAUGAUGGGAGAACUGAAUUUCUUCCUAGGACUUCAAGUGAUGAAAUCUAAGAAGGGAACAUUGAUAAGUCAACAAAAGUACAUCAAGGAGCUGCUGAAAAGGUUUGAUAUGGAAGCCUCAAAAGUUAUCGACACGCCCAUUGCAAUAGCUACUCGUCUAGACAUGGAUGAAUCUGGUUUCCCUGUAAACCAGACCAUGUAUAGAGGAAUCAUAGGGUCACUAUUAUAUCUCACUGCAAGCCGACUAGACAUUGUUUUUAGCGUGGGAGAUAGUUUUGAUCCUAUUGUGUAUGCUGACGCUGAUUAUGCUGGAUUUCUGGUGGACAGGAGAAGCACUUCUGGGAUGGCACACUUCCUGGGUUCCUGCUUAAUCUCAUGGGGUACAAGGAAGCAAAAUUCUGUGGCACUUUUGACUGUAGAAGCUGAAUAUGUAGCAGUUGCCUCUUGCUGUGCUCAACUUUUGUGGAUCAAGCAAUAA